AUGAUAAGCCCUGGGGUUUGGACAGCAGUAAAAUUAGAGUAUGAUAAGCCCUGGGGUUGGACAGCAGUAAUAUUAGAGUAUGAUAAGCCCUGGGGUUGGACAGCAGUAAUAUUAGAGUAUGAUAAGCCCUGGGGUUGGACAGCAGUAAUAUUAGAGUAUGAUAAGCCCUGGGGUUGGCCAGCAGUAAUAUUAGAGUAUGAUAAGCCCUGGGGUUGGACAGCAGUAAUAUUAGAGUAUGAUAAGCCCCGUGGUUGGACAGCAGUAAAAUUAUAGUAUGAUAAGCCAUGGGGUUGGACAGCAGUAAUAUUAGAGUAUGAGAAGCCCUGGGGUUGGACAGCAGUAAUAUUAGAGUGUGAUAAGCCCUGGGGUUGGACAGCAGUAAUAUUAGAGUAUGAUAAGCCCUGGGGUUGGACAGCAGUAAAAUUAGAGUAUGAUAAGCCCUGGGGUUGGACAGCAGUAAUAUUAGAGUAUGAUAAGCCCUGGGGUUGGACAGCAGUAAUAUUAGAGUAUGAUAAGCCCUGGGGUUGGACAGCAGUAAUAUUAGAGUAUGAUAAGCCCUGGGUUGGCCAGCAGUAA